AAGUGAUAGAAUAUAACAGCACGCCAUUUAAUAAGACGAUACAAAUGAUUUAGUUUUUUUUGCUUUCGGUUUAUUAAUAUUUUUUUUAUAUUACUAUCGUACUAUUUUUUUUGUCUUUGGUAUUUUUAAGUUAAUUUAUUUUACACAAUCAAAGUAUUACAUGAAAAAGUGAUCUAAAAGGAAAACAAAAAUAUGGAAUAUAAUUUAUGGAAAUCGGUGCUGUUGGAUUGGGUUAAUUCAACUGGUUUUUUGGUGCAAAACUAUCAAAAUUUGGGCGAUACAAAUAUCGACACAUUUUUCACAGCAUUUAAAAAACAAAUAAAAUCAACUCAAAUACGAUCCGAAAAUGUGGUUAGUUUCGUAAGAGAGUACUAUAAAGACUUUUAUUUGAAAUUGGAUACAAAAAAUAAAGUACCAGUCAGCGAAUAUGUGUACUUUUAUUCAAUGUGUCUACAUUUUGCAUGUGUUUCACAUGCGGACGAAGGUGUACAACAAAUAUGCAACAAUAUGGUGCGUAAAAAUCAAGAGAUGAUCGAAAAAUUUCUUGACUAUCUAUUCAAAGUCGGCAAAUGUGAACGAGCUAUUAUACAAACUGCCAUCGAAGAAGCAGAAUGUUGUGAACUACCAAUUGCUCAUGUCAGUCCCAUAACACGGAAUUUGCAGUCAAUUCUAUCAUCGAGUACAUCUCCACAAACGCCGAAAACGAAACUGUUGAAUACAUGGAACUUGGAGAAUCGAAAUUUAAAGUCACAAUUGGAAACCGAACGUUUUGAGCGUGGCUACUUGGAGAUGCAAUUGAAUCAAUGUGAGAAAAAGCUAACAAAACUCGAUGACGACUACAAAGUUGCGUUGGCAGAAAAUAAUCUCCUAAAAAAGCAGAUCAAUCAGCUUGACGAAGAUGAUCAAUUAUCCCAAAAUUUAGAAAUCGAUUCAGCCAUCAAGCAAUUGCGUCGUGAAAUAAAUCUAAAAGAAGAUGAACUCUUUAGAUUAACCUCAACGUGCAAUGCGGCGAACGAUGAUAUCGAGCUAUUAAAGGAGAAAUUACAGCAUGCCGAAGCUCAAGUGAAAUCUCUAAAUGUGAAAUUACUCGAGUCAUUCGGUGAGGCGGAAACGUUUAAAAACCAACUGGUUGAACGAGAGAAAAUGAUCGACUAUCUAAAUAACAGCAAUAAAGAGCUAAGUGACAUGCUCAAAGAGCUUCAAUCCAAUUCGAAAAAGCAUGAUUUUGACUCAUCAUCAUCGUACGAAUUGUUAAAUUCAACGGCCAACGAUUUAAACAUGUCAAGUUUUUGCGUAAAUGAAGAAAAUUUGGCCAGCGCCAUCGUUGAUGUUCGAUUGAUUGAUCAGCAAAAGCAAAAUAUUGCACUUAGUGAAACGAUUAAUCAACUUAAAAAAGAAUUAGCCAUUGUACAAGAUGAAGCAUCGAAAUUGUACGAAGUAAUGACUGAAACAGACCAAAAAACCAUUGAUUUCUCAUCAACAAAUGUGAUCUUUACCGAAAUGAAUCGAACAUUCGUUGAUAUGGUUGAAAAGAAAAAAGAAUUAUCGCAGGAAAUUGAAAGUCAUUCUUCCGAAAUUGUUUCGUUGAAAGAACAGACGAGCGCAUUGCAAAGCACCAUCGAUGCAUUAAAUAAAAAAUUGCAGCUAGAAGGGGAAAAGAAUGAAACUCUUCACAGUCAAAAUCAAAAUAUCGUCGUUAAACUUGAUCAGCUCAAAACCACUCUGGCUACAUGUGAAACUGAAAAAUCGGAACUUAAUGCAUCUUUAUUGGAUGUCACUGCUCAAGUUGAGCAAAUACAAUCGGAAAAACGCGAAUUGAUGGCUCAACAUUUCGAUGAAAUGCGCCAAAUUCGAACGGAACUGGAAGAAAAGAUAGCUGCUAUGAAUGUUAAUCUGGAAGAGCAAAUUAAAGAGAAAAAUAAUGUACAUUUGAAAUUGGAGAACCUGCAACGUGAAUUAAGUGAAACAAUGGAUUUGCUGGCAAAACAUAAGCUUGAAAUUGAUCAAAUUAGUAACGAAUUGAAAGUAGAAAAAUUGAAACACGAGGAAGUUCAAAAGGAUCGUACUUUUAUUGAAACAAAAUAUACGGAAAUUAGCCAGAAAUAUGAACAGAGUCAAAAUGACUUGAGCGGCGCACGGACAAAGAAUGAGAAAAUCAGUUCGGAACUCAACGAAAGAAAUGAUCGCAUUUCGAAGCUGAUGGAUGAUUUGAGCCAAUCAAAUACGAAAGUCGUCGACUUACAAAAUACCGUGACAUCAAAUAUAGAGAGCGCUCAGUCAGAGAAACGUGAAUUGAAUGCUCAACAUUUUGAAGAAGUUCGUCGCAUUCGAACGGAGUUUGAAGAAAAGAUAAACGCACUGAAUGUCAAUCUAGAGACACAAACCACUGAGAAAAACAAUAUCCAAAUAAAAUUGGAACAAGUGCAACAAGAAUUAGACGAAACAAUGGACUCAUUGGCAAAACAUAAACUCGAACUCGACGAAAUUUCCAGUCAGCUAAGUGAUGAGACAUCAACACGGAAUAGAGUUCAAAACGAAUACACUGAAGUUCAAGCAAAAUGCACUGAAAUCAGUCAGAAGCUUCAAGACACCCAACAAGCAUUGACCGAAACCAUCGCAAAGAAAGACGAGAUUAGUGCAGAAUUGACUGUUAAAAAUAAUCAAGUGUCCAAGUUGAUGGAGGAAUUGAAUGAAUCGCAAAAGAAAAUUGUUGACAUGGGAAAUACGAUCUCUUCCAAUAUCGAGAAAGAGCAGUCAGCAAAAGAGGAACUCAUCGCCAAACAUUUGGAGGAAGUUCGUCUCAUUCGAACGGAGUGUGAAGAGAAUAUCAAUGCCAUGAGUGUCAAUCUAGAGACACAAACCACAGAGAAAAUCAGUAUUCAGACCAAAUUAGAACAUGUUCAACAUGAAUUAGAUGAAACAAUGGAUUUGCUGGCAAAACAUAAGCUCGAACUCGCCGAAAUUACAAGUCAAUUAAACGAAGAGACAUCAACACGGAACAGAAUUCAAAAGGAAUACGCCGAUGUUCAGGCAAAAUGUACCGAAGUCAAUCAGAAGCUUCAAGAUACUCAAAAAACAUUAACCGAAAUUCUCGCGAAGAAUGAUGAGAUCAGUGCUGAGUUGACUGGGAAGAAUGAGCAAGUGUUCAAGUUGAACGAAGAAUUGAAACAAUUGACAGCAAUUCGCGAUGGAAUUCAAGAGGAGUAUGAUGAAAUUCAGGCUAAAAACACUGAAAUGAAUCAGAAGCUUUCUGAAAUGGAGCUAGAAUUGUCCACCAUUCACUCGAAGAAUGGUGAAAUUGGCUCAGAACUCAUCGAGAAAAAUGGUCAAAUUUUGAAGUUGAAGGACGAACUAAACCAAGUCAAUACAACUCGAGACAGCAUUCAGAAAGAAUAUAUUGAUGCCCAAGAAAAAUUGGUCGAAGUCAAUCAGAAACUAAAAGAUACACAACAAACAUUGACCGAAACUCUCGCAAAGAAAGAUGAGAUAAGUGCGGAGGUGACUGAUAAAAAUGAUCAAAUUGUUAAGUUAAACGAUGACUUGAAAGAAUUGAUUGCAAUUCGGGAUGGUAUUCAAAAGGAUCACGACGACAUUCAAGUCAAAAACUUGGAAAUCAAUCGGAAAUUGGGCGAGAUGGAACAAGAAUUGUCCAUCACGCGCACGAAGAAUGAUGAAAUUAGUUCAGAACUCAUCGAGAAAAAUGAUCAAAUUUCGAAGUUGAAAGACGAACUAAGUCAAGUUAAUACAACUCGAGACAGCCUUCAGAAAGAUUAUAAUGAUGUCCAAGAAAAAUUGGUCGAAGUCAAUCAGAAACUCCAAAAUACACAACAAACAUUGACUGAAACUCUCACAAAUAAAGAUAAGAUAAGUGCGGAGGUGAGUGAUAAAAAUGAUCAAAUUGUAAAGUUAAACGAUGACUUAAAAGAAUUGAUUGCAAUUCGGGAUGGCAUUCAGAAGGAUUAUGAUGACAUUCAAGUCAAAAACUCGGAAAUCAAUCAGAAACUUGGUGAGAUGGAACAAGAAUUGUCCACCACGCGCACGAAGAAUGAUGAAAUAUGUUCAGAACUCACCGAGAAAAAUGAUCAAAUUUCAAAGUUGAAGGACGAACUAAGUCAAAUCAAUACAACUCGAGACAGCAUUCAGAAAGACUAUACUGAUGUCCAAGAAAAAUUGGCCGAAGUCAAUCAGAAACUCCAAAAUACACAACAAACAUUGACCGAAACUCUCGCAAAGAAAGAUGAGAUUAGUGCGGAACUAACUGAGAAGAGUGAUCAAAUGUCCAAGUUGAAGGAUGAAUUGAAUGAAUCACAGAAGAAAAUUCUAGAUAUGGAAAAUAUAAUCACUUCCAAUGUCGAGAAAGAGCAGUCAGCAAAUGAUGAACUCGUCGCCAAACAUUUGGAUGAAGUUCGUCUCAUUCGAACGGAGUUUGAAGAGAAGAUAAACGCCAUGAGUGUCAAUCUAGAGACACAAACCACAGAGAAAAACAGUAUUCAAACCAAAUUGGAACAAGUGCAACAAGAAUUAGAUGAAUCAAUGGAUUUGCUGGCAAAACAUAAGCUCGAACUCGCCGAAAUUACAAGUGAACUAAGUGAUGAGAAAUCAACUCACGAUAAAGUCCGAAAAGAGUACACUGAUGUUCAAGAAAAACUCAGUGAAACUAGCCAAAAACUUCAAAAAACGGAAGAAGACCUCACCGCUACUCAAGCGAAGAAUCAAGAGAUCGAUUCGGAAUUGAGCGAGAAAAAUGAACAAAUUUCGAAGUUAAAAGAUGAACUUGGUCAAUUGGAAAUAAAAAUGACAGAAUUGAAAAAUGAACACACUUUGUCCACAGAAACGUUUACCACGAAAAUCGACCAAUAUACCAAAGACAUUGAAGAAUUGCAAGAGUCUACAGCAAAAUUGCGAAGCGAAAAUAAAAUAUUGCUAGAGUCAGCCACAAACAAAGAGCAAUUGAUAACGCUCAACGAACAGUUUGUUCAAAUGGAAAAGAUACAGAACGAAAAGGUCGAACUAUGGAAAAAAGAGAAGGAAAGUCUAAUUCAAGACGUCAAAAUCUAUCGCGCCAAAUUAAUGAAAGAACGCGAAACGGUCGAUCAAAAGGACAAAGAAUUCAAAAUAAUGCGAAACAGCUACGAAGAGAAGCUGGAAAAAAUGAAAGAAAAAAUGAAAACUCUGUACAAAGAAGAAAUGGCCAAAGUUCAAGAGAAACAUGAAAAGCAAUUGGCUGAAAUGGGCACUGAAAAUCGACGGUAUGCCGACAAAUUGAUCUUUUACGAUGAGAAAACGAAGGAAUUUUCAUCACAAAUUCAUGCGCUCAACGAGGAGAAAUUAAUGCUAUUGAAGGAACAUGAAAUUAUGAAGUCCAAAUUACGAACAUAUGAAAUUGGCAGCACAUUGAAUGGAGGCAAUGGCACCACCAACGCAUCGAAAUUUUUAGAUAAAAUGAGAGGAGGUACAUUCCGAAUGGAAGACGAAGAGGGUGAACUUUUUGAUAACACAUAUUUGGAUGACUUGAAGGGAGGAGGUACAUUCGGUCGUGAAUCGUUGUCUUAUGACGAGAUUCAACGACGAAAUUCAAUGGUCCCACCUCAUCUUCGCUCAUCGUACAUGCCACAAUUUGCUGACAAUAGUUCAAAGCAAAAUGAAAACUUCCGAUCAUGUUUGGAUGAUAGCUUGUUUAGUACUCAAAGCGAAACACGCCGUCAAACAACAUAUAAGCGACCAGGCCCCCCAACACCGAGCAAGAGUGGAGGUCGAUUAUCGUUGGGCAGUGAAUUACCUCGGGGCGAUAUACUUCGCGAACAAAAUGGUUUUGAGCGUCCAUCGCUUGGUGGAAACACAUCCAAGGCAUCAAAGAAAAGUACACCUGGUAAAUUUACGCGUAUAUUUUCUUCAUCGAAAAUUAAGGAUGAGGAUAAGGAGAACGAUCAUCAUCAAUCUCGUGGAUCGAUGGGUCGAAGUACAUUGCAAAAUUUGCAAAAGUUAUUUUUCAGUACGUCAACACCGCAUCGGAACGGAAGACGAUCGUCAACAUUGGCCAAAUUCGAACGAACUUCAUUUGGUUUUAUCAAUCAUUCUGUGUCAACGAUCGAAUCAAAAUUGACAUCGGAUCCAAUACGAUUGGGUGCCUUAUCGCGCAAUUUACUUGAGCAAACGAAAAAAGUUUCGCAAAAAUUCCUGUGCGCCACACCGGCCGCUGGUUACGAAUCAACACCCGAAUACGAUAAAUUGCAUCGUGAUCCAACCAAAUUGGCAACAUCACGAAAAUCGUUCAUCAAAAAGCGUACAUCAUUGCUCAAAAAGAGACUUGCACAAAAUAAAAGAACUCAAAAAGAAAAACGACAUUCAGCGUACAACAGAGGUCGUCGCAUAUCAAAAACCGAUCAUGGCAUUGUCAAUGAAACGUUUUCAAUUGGCAGUGUGAAUCAUUUUUCGGGUGCAACAUUUGAUGUGGAAAGAAGUGAUUCACCGUCUUACGAUUCGGAUGUUAAAAAUUUCCAAGCCGAAGUGAAUGAAUUUCAAGGUCCGAUUCAAAUAUUCAACGAAACUUGCGAUGAUGAAAUCGAUUUUGAAAAACUUUGCAACGUUAAAGAAUCAGUUAGCCCAUUUGACAAGAAUGGAACAAUGGUAAAUUUGACGGUGUCACCAAAAAUGGACAAAAAAUCUUCACCAGAAUCGAAAACUGAAAAUGGCGAAGAUGACAUUUCGUCCGAUCUUAGCAAAAAAUCGGUUGAAUCAAAUCGUUCGUCGACCUCACCGACACGAAUGAGCAACCAUUGUGCUCGCAUCUGUUGGAAUCAACAGAAAAUCCCAAAGAUAACCACAUACAAAGCAGAAAAGAAAAGUUUGGAAAAUGAUAGUCAAAAUUCAACACGUAGUCAUCAUAAUACACAAACACUCAUCACCACUGUCCGAUCGAUUCACUCAAAUGUUACUGUCGGAUGGUUUGAUAUACCACAAUUUAUUCGAUAUUAUAUUGUAUCUGUUACCAUUUGUUUCUUAGCUUUACUUCGUUAUCAAUUCAGUUAAUUUAAGAACAAAACACAUCACAUUUUUCACAUCACAAUUGUAUGUAUUUUCGUU